CGCCUUCCUUCCGCCUUCCGCUCGCGGUUGCUAGGCUACGCGGGCCCUCGCAGAAAGGUGGCGAGUGUGUCCGCUGGUGCAUUGCCCAGCCUCUGGGGCGUGCAGCGUGCGCCCUCCUCACCCAGGCUGCCCUGCCGCCGCGGGCGCAGCGCCCACCUCCUGCCCGCCUCUGCUGUGUAAUCAGCCGCCCAUUCGGAGAUCGGGCAGGGGUGGCGGCUGCACGCGGUGUCGCUGAGUGGGCUUGAGCAGACCAUGCGGAAGUAACAUGUUCCCGGCGCUGGACACGGAGCUAAAGCAGGAGACCCUUGCUGACCCCUAUGAAGACUUUAUGUACCAUCACCUCCAGUACUAUGGCUACUUUAAAGGACAAAGAGGCAGUUUACCAAACUCGGCUACGCAGCAGCACCUUUGGAAGAAGACCCCUCGGCACCAGCUGCGCGGAUCUUUCGGGGAAAGAGAGAACUUGAUACCGGACACUUUGCAGAGGGAGAAGCUUCUAUGGCCUACCUGUUUACCUUCAGCUGGGCGCGCUCAGAUAGAAUCUGUAAGCAGAGGUUCCCUCAUGCUGAGCUCUCCACUUCUUCGGACCAGACAGCUCGUUUACAAUGAGUUGGAUGACGUAAACCCGCGUCUCCAAGAGCCCCGAGAGCUUUUUCCCUUCUUCUCCGGCAAAGGGCCGCUGCAGGCGCCACGGUGGCCAAUAGAGUGCGAGGUCAUCAAGGAGAGCAUUCGUCAUAUUGAGUGGGUUCCACCUCAGCCAGAAUAUUUCUAUCAAUCUACAGGAAAUGAAGAGGUACCAGAAAUUGUAGGAGAGGAAAAAGGCACAGUUGUCUAUCAGUUGGAAUCAGAAGGAUCCUAUUUCACCAGUUCCAGAGUGGGAGGCAAACGGGGCAUGAUCAAGGAGCUUGCCGUGCCCCUGCAAGGGCCGGAAGAUCACACGCUGCUGUUUGAGUCGCGGUUCGAGAGUGGGAAUCUGCAGAAAGCUGUCAGAGUAGGCACCUAUGAGUACGAGCUUACCUUGCGAACUGACCUCUACACAAACAAGCACACGCAGUGGUUUUAUUUUCGCGUUCAGAACACCAGGAAAGAUACCACCUACCGCUUCACCAUUGUGAACCUGCUCAAACCCAAGAGCCUUUAUGCUGCAGGGAUGAAGCCACUCAUGUACUCCCAGCUGGACGCCAGCACCCACAGCAUCGGCUGGAGGAGAGAGGGCAGUGAAAUCAAGUACUAUAAGAGCAACGCGGAUGAUGGGCAGCAGCCCUUCUACUGCCUCACGUGGACUGUUCAGUUUCCACAUGACCAGGACACUUGCUUUUUUGCCCACUUCUACCCAUACACGUACACUGACCUGCAGUGCUACCUCCUGUCAGUGGCAAACAACCCCACCCAGUCUCAGUUCUGCAAGCUGCGAACUUUAUGCAGGAGCCUGGCAGGAAAUACGGUCUACCUGCUCACCAUCACCAACCCAUCCCGGUCCCCGCAGGAGGCGGCCGCGAAGAAAGCCGUGGUCUUGAGCGCCAGGGUCCACCCUGGGGAGAGCAACGGCUCCUGGAUUAUGAACGGCUUUUUGGACUUCAUCCUUAGCGAUUCCCCAGAUGCCCAGCUCCUCAGAGAUGUCUUUGUCUUCAAGGUGGUUCCCAUGUUAAAUCCAGAUGGUGUGAUUGUGGGCAAUUACCGGUGUUCACUGGCCGGAAGGGACUUGAACAGACGCUAUAAAACCGUCCUGAAGGAGUCUUUCCCCUGCGUUUGGUACACCAGGAACAUGAUCCAAAGACUUCUUGAAGAAAGAGAAGUCCUCUUGUAUUGUGAUUUCCAUGGCCACAGCCGUAAGAAUAAUAUCUUCCUGUAUGGCUGUAAUAACAACAAUCGCAAGUACUGGCUUCAUGAGCGAGUCUUUCCUUUAAUGUUAAGCAAAAAUGCACCAGAUAAGUUCUCUUUUCAUAGUUGUAAUUUUAAGGUUCAAAAGUGCAAAGAAGGAACGGGACGAGUUGUGAUGUGGCGGAUGGGAAUCCUGAACAGCUAUACCAUGGAGUCUACGUUCGGCGGGUCCACCCUGGGCAGUAAAAGAGACACUCAUUUUACCAUUGAGGAUCUGAAGUCCUUAGGUUAUCAUGUCUGUGACACACUUCUGGAUUUCUGUGAUCCUGACCAAGCCAAGUUCACUCAAUGUCUAGCAGAACUUAAGGAGCUCUUACAACAGGAAAUCCACAAGAAAUUCAAUCAACUUGGACAAGAUAUGGAUUUAGAAGGAAACUGGAGUGACAUCUCUUUGUCUGACAUUGAAUCCAGCACCAGCGGUUCUGACAGCUCCCUCUCAGAUGGUCUCCCUGUUCACCUACUGAACAUAGAAGAUGAGGUGAGAAGAAGUUUAAGAAGAAAAAAGAAGAAGAUGCUGCAGACCAGGAAACAGCGAACUAAGCAGUAUCAGAAAAAUCAUUUGAUGCGCAAAUUCAAGUUAACAGAAGAUGCCCCAGAAAAGGCAGGAUUUACUUCUACUCUGCAAAAGCAGCCAACCUUUUUCAAAAAUUUAGAGAAUUCCACUUCAGUGAUGAAACAUGAAAAACCAAAGUUGAAUGAGACACAGUUAAAUGGCAGAGACAAAGGCACCUGCCGGGAGCCAUCAGUGACCACCCUGACUCUACUUAAGAAUCAAGAGAGAACGCAGAGUAAGAAGCCAGGCUUUACAGUGCCAUGCUCUCCAAAGAAAAGUACAAACUCCAGCCAAGAGCCAGCCCCAGGUAUGAAGCCAAACUGGCCUAGGACUAUAUAUGCUGCCACAAAGACAGGCCGUGGUGCCAUGGUGACAUACCCAUCCUUACACAUAUACACAUACCCAUAGGUGCGCGUGUGUCAUGCCAUGCAGGCAUGUCCCGGGGACGUUCUGGGCCAGACAGCCUGUGUGAGGCAGGGAGAAGUAGGCCUGGGGACUGUCUGUCUGUCUGUGGUAUACUGUGUUGCACACUCAUCAUGUGCUGACCCCCCACUUUGUACUCAGACUCCGUCCAUGUCCUCAUGAUGCACACCUCAUCAAUUCAGUUAUUUUUUUCAUAAAAUGAAAUGUUCUUAUAACGUAUGGAAAAGCUUCCUCUAGCAGCAGCCAAAGUGUGUGCUCGUGGAACUACAGCACAGAUAUACCACAUUUUACCCAUAGCUACUCUCUCCAAAAUUAUAUGCAAAUCAACUUUAAAAGAUUGAACUCUUUUAAAAGUAUUUUGGGAGUAAGCUAUCCAAAAAUGUCUUGUGUCAGCUUUCUGGUGAUGGGUGAUCAGUCAGACUGUUAGUAUACAAGUUUAGCUCCCAGUAAGCUAUUCCCACAUAGAGACAAUUCCUGUAUUACCCAGAAUUUAAUGUUACAUAUAUUAUGUUCAACAAGGUUAUGUAAAUUUUUAACCCUAUGAUUAAAAUUCUUUCUCUCUAACCAGUUGUUUCCUUUGAUUGGUUAACUGCAUAAUCUUAUGUGAACAGAUAUUUUAUGUCAGCCAUUUCUUUCCCAGAGUCCCUCAUGAGCACCAAACAAACCAGACAGUCUGCUGGCUGUGACUGUCAUGGUGACCUGCUGGAGUCACGUUAAAGAGGUCCCUCCAGCUCGGGCCAGCCUCCCUGUUUUGGCCUUACUCUUUUCCUUUCACAUUGGAUUGGAAGGUUUCUAGCACAUUUUUCAUUAUCACUUCUCAGCUCUUUCCACACCCACCACUAGCUGGGUGAGUAGUGAUUAGAACGACACGCAACACACACUUCAUUAGCAUCCCCGUGUAUCAGUCUUUUUUUAAUUUCCAGUUUGAGAAACUGAGCAGAGCGCAGAGAAUUCCCAGGUGCAGUCCCCCACACCAAGGGCGUCCUUCUGCAGGGCAUGAGCUCUGCGCUCUGCACCUGGGGAGUUUGCUGAUGCCGUCCCCUGUGCCACACUUGCCCAUACCCUAAGCCCUCAGUCAGCGUCCUGAGUACCGAGAAAGCACCCAGCCAAAACCCCGCUGUUUGUCCCUAAGAGGAUGUCCUUAAAGGACAAGUCCCCAGACCGCUGUAAACAGCUGAAGGCGAACUUGUUUGAAAGUUGGUCAGCACUACGUAUUUUUGCUCCAAAUAACUUUGGAGAAAGGUUACGAAAGGCACCCUAGUAUGAUGAUGACAUUUUUGGAAUAAAAAAAUCAGAAUACAUGAUGAGUUGCUUGUAGAAAUGCUUUUUGAAAACACAAAACUUCCUGAGAGGUGUGGUUUGGAUGUGUGUUAAAGGGGCAAAAUCCCAUGAAACCCAGGCAUAGCCUCCACAUCCAG